AUGGAUUCGACGAAACAGCAGGAACCUGACGUGGGCAUAAUCUCUAUUUGGAAUAUGGGGUGGGUAUCGCGAAGCUUCUCAAAGCCCAUGGAUUUCGAGUUGGCACGAGUGGCCAGAACAGAAGCUACUAUUCGGCGAGCCGAGGACGCAGACGUGGACAUCGUAUCCUCUGACAUGGAACUAGUGGAGAGAGCAUCGGUGGUUCUCUCCGUUGUGCCCCCAAGAGAUGCGAUGGAAACGGCGCAGCGGGUCGUGGACGCCUUACACGACCUUGCCACUUGUGGUUCGCGACCGAUAUACCCCUUGUACUUCAUAGAUCUCAAUGCGGUUGCACCAUCAACGGUUCGAGGGAUAGCUCAACUCUUCGCCUCGGUCCAGCACAGCGCUCGCUUCAUCGCCGGCUCAAUUCUUGGAGAACCUCCCGUUUGGAUCCCAGCGAACGACUUAGGCCCGAAGACUGCCUCGCCUACAACAGCCAUCAGCGGUGUUAAGCAUGGCUUUGGCGGUCUCUACGAUAUCAACAUACACGGCGUUGAAAUUCUAAGUCCUGCUUUGUCUUUCCAUCCCGAAACCUUUAUCUCUAGCUUUCCCUCCAAUUCCAUGGUGGUUGUCCGUCUAUCCAGCUAA